AUGUUUAUAUGAUGACGUUGCGGAAAAGUUGAGCAGUUUAGUUUUGCUAACAUCCAAAAAUGGACGAGCAAAUGUCACUCAAAAAUAUGGACAGCCUGCUUUUUCAAUUAGGUCUUCAUUCUCGAGAACUUUCUCAACAGAAGAAUAACAUUAACCAACAAAUUCAAGUCUACAGAGCUGACAUUGCUGAGAGGAAGUCUUAUAUUGAGACACUGUGUGGAAACCUUAAGAAGCUGGAAGAGGAAGUGAGGGUAAAGCAGGAGACUCUGACCCAGAUUAAAGAAAAUGCAAAGAGCAUAAAAGAAACCUCCAGCUUUCUUCUUCAGCAUGAACAGACUCUGAGAGGCGAGCUGGAGAGCAGAAAAAGCAGCUACAACCAUGAUCUGGAGAUUUACGAAGAGAGGAUUUCCGAAUGCACAAAGACGUUUGAAUCCUAUGAAGAAGGCUAUUUCCAAAAUCCUCUGGCUCAAAAGCUCCUCAAGCUGCAGACUGAAAACGGAGAGAUUGAUUGUAGAAUCAUGGAUGUUGACAAUCAAAUAACAAUGAAAGAAAAAGAGUUGGAUUACCUCGCAAGGCCGCCAGUGAACUCGGUUUCCUCCGAGAAGGAAGGAACAGAGAGCCAGGAGCCAGAACAAGAAACAGCUCAGUCAAAAGAUGGCGGGAAUUCCUCUGUUGACAUUUCAUCUCUCUACAUUAAUCAGAAAACUAAUGGCCAGAUAACUCUUGAAGACUCAAAUGCUGAAAUGAUUGACCAGCAGAACAAGGCCCAGAAUUCCCCCAGAUGCCGUUCUUUUGAAGAGAUUCCGGAUGAUUCCCUUUGGUCCCGUGCACAGAUGGAUGAUGUCCAUGCUACAUCAGAUUCCAUCAGAUAUAGUUCUCCAAAGUCCAUCCAACCUUUGGAGAAUGACGGGAACUCUGAGGCACAGGAAGAGGAAGCCCUGCAAGAGGAGGAGGCUCCUGAACCCGAUUCACAAAACGGGAUGGAGGGUGAUUUGGCAAAAAAAGCAGCUGUGGAUGAAGAAGAUCUACGGUGUGAUGAAGAACAUCAGGCCAUUUUCCCUCAAGCAUCACCUGCAGAAUCCAAUCUUCAGGCCUUUCCAGAAAAUGUCGCACAUGUGCCAUCUACCCCAACAUUUGCAUUUCACUUCAGCCCAACCAGCUCUCUGUGUCAAGGAGCUGCUGAAACCAAAUCUCCAGCCUUCCUGUUCUCUGUGAGCUCCAACCCGAGCACACCAGCCUUCUCCGGUUUUGGAUUUGACUCCUCACAGGAUGAGGAUUCCGCUUUUCCUUUUAGUGUCUCUCUGUUCAACGAGAAGAAAACCCCAGAGGAAAAGGAUUCCAGCUGCCAAAAGUUCCUGUUUGAGCAGCCAGAGCAGAGCGGGGAUUUUCCGUUUGCUUUCCCCGACAAGAGCCCUCAACCAGGGAGCAAGGACACCACGGGGAACGACUUCCCAUUUUCAUUCAACUUUUAGAAACACACGUUUGGGCAAUGAAUCUGUUUUCUGAAACUAGUGUUUUGUUUUGUUGAACGGCUGUUCUUAAGAGUAAAGUGUUCGGUUUAUUUAAAACAGCAGCGUCACAGUUGAAUACCAUUUAUUGAAGAUACAAAUAUUAACUCCAGGCAUUAGAUUUGUUCAUAAAUGUUCUAGAUUUCUCUCUCGUUAGUACAGUAGUUAACAUUUCUUACAUUGUAAACCGUCAUUGAUGAUUUGGCAUUCUGCAGAAGCGUUGUGUUCAGCAUACAAUGAAUAAAAACCAAAAUGUCUUACUGGU